GAUCGGGAAGAAUUCCAUUCGAAUGCAUUGACAUUCCUUAAUGGUUGUCCGAAGAGCUGUAAAAGCAGGGACGGGUAUAUAAGGUGUCGCGACUCACUGUGUACCAGGAGCCAUUGGCACUUCAGUUUGACUUGAGGACUCUGAGCACGAGCAGACACAGAACCCAUCAGAAUGUGCGACGACGAAGAGACCACAGCUUUGGUGUGCGACAAUGGCUCUGGCCUGGUCAAGGCUGGUUUUGCCGGUGAUGACGCCCCCCGGGCUGUCUUCCCCUCCAUCGUCGGCCGCCCACGUCACCAGGGUGUGAUGGUCGGCAUGGGUCAGAAAGACUCCUACGUUGGGGACGAAGCUCAGAGCAAGAGAGGUAUCCUGACCCUUAAGUACCCAAUCGAGCACGGCAUCAUCACCAACUGGGACGACAUGGAGAAGAUCUGGCACCACACCUUCUACAACGAGCUCCGCGUGGCCCCCGAGGAGCACCCAACCCUGCUCACCGAGGCCCCUCUGAACCCCAAGGCUAACCGUGAGAAGAUGACCCAGAUCAUGUUUGAGACCUUCAACGUCCCCGCCAUGUACGUGGCCAUCCAGGCCGUCCUGUCCCUGUAUGCUUCUGGCCGUACCACCGGCAUUGUGCUGGACUCCGGUGAUGGUGUGACCCACAAUGUGCCCAUCUAUGAGGGUUACGCUCUUCCCCACGCCAUCAUGCGUUUGGACUUGGCUGGUCGUGAUCUGACAGACUACCUGAUGAAGAUCCUGACUGAGCGCGGAUACUCUUUCGUCACAACCGCUGAGCGUGAGAUUGUCCGUGACAUCAAGGAGAAGCUGUGCUAUGUUGCCCUGGACUUUGAGAAUGAGAUGGCCACCGCCGCCUCCUCUUCCUCCCUGGAGAAGAGCUACGAGCUUCCCGACGGUCAGGUCAUCACCAUUGGUAACGAGCGCUUCCGUUGCCCCGAGACCCUGUUCCAGCCCUCGUUCAUUGGUAUGGAGUCUGCUGGCAUUCAUGAGACCGCUUACAACAGCAUCAUGAAGUGCGACAUUGACAUCAGGAAGGACCUGUACGCCAACAACGUUCUGUCUGGUGGUACCACAAUGUACCCUGGUAUUGCUGACCGUAUGCAGAAGGAGAUCACAGCCCUGGCUCCCAGCACAAUGAAGAUCAAGAUCAUCGCUCCCCCUGAGCGCAAGUACUCCGUCUGGAUCGGCGGAUCCAUCCUGGCAUCCCUGUCCACCUUCCAGCAGAUGUGGAUCACCAAGCAGGAAUACGAUGAGGCCGGUCCCAGCAUCGUCCACCGCAAGUGCUUCUAAGCGCCCGGCUCAAAGCGUCCGUAUCGUUGCUUCCUGCUCAGGAACCGAGCUACGGUGCAUUGCUCCUGUGGACAGUUUUUCUACAGCCGUUAUUUAUGCAACGCCGUAGGAGCGAGCAGUUGAAGCAUAAACUGAGAAAAGGACACUAACACAUCAAGGGAGAGAAAAAUACCAAGCACUCUUAUUGCACACAAAUGUAUUUAUUACUGACUAUCAUGGCUUGGU